UGCUUAUUCACUCUAGAGUCCACUUAUUCAAUUCUAUAAUCUACUUUGCAAUUAGGGCAGCAUCUUAUAUAUGCCGCCAUCCAUCUACAAUUGGUAUUUGUGUCCAAGAUAUCAAAAAGAAAAUUCUACUGAAGAGUUUAGAGAACAUAACAGAGUGGGUAAACGUGUUUUUCGCUUAGGUGCCCAACCAACACUUAACAAUUAAAUUUCAGCCACUGUUAAGUGUUAAAAAGGAGGGGGAAAAUAUGAAAUCAGAUGCCUUCUCAACCCACCACCCUCCGGUUCUGUGCAACGCAGGCUCUUUCUCUUUAUACUGAUUGUUUGAUUUAUACAUUUGAAAAAAUCAACUAUCGGAUGUUGUCUUGUUUGUAAGCUUUAUUUCUUUCUAAAGCCUCUCCGUUACCUUACAUGAAAAGAUGCAGUUAUGGAUUGGUUUGGCUGUGAAUUUCCCUUCCAUUCUUGCUCGGUGUUAGUUAUUUAGGAUCCUUCUAGCGGAAGGGAGAAAGCAGGAAGAAGAUCAGAUGUAGCUAUAUUUGCUUGAUCCCACCUCGGGACUUGUAGGAUCUAAACAUUUUAAUUGAUGCCCAAGCAUCCUUUUUGAAGGCAAUGCUUUCAAUUUUAGAUAGUCGAGUGAAUAAAGCUGGGAGAUUAAAAGCUUUGUAUGUGAAGACCGAGAACGGUGUCCUAUUUGAAGUAAAAAAACCUCAUGUUCGUAUCCCUAGGACGUUUAAACGAUUUGCUGGCAUUAUGUUGCAGCUGCUACAAAAGCUGAGCAUAACUGCUGUUGGUAAGCGAGAGAAACUGUUACGUGUUAGAGAAAACCCUGUUUCACAGUACCUACCCAUUGACUGUCGGAAGAUAGGCUUUUCUCAUAGUUCCGAGAAACUGGUGGAUGUUCAGGAAUAUGUUAAUGGCAUCAACAAGGACAUGAACCUUGUUUUUGUGGUUGGGGCAAUGGCCCACGGGAAAAUUGAUACAGAUUAUGUCGAAGAUUAUCUAUCGAGUACGCUAAUCUUCCUCUUUUCUUGUAACUUUUUGUCCAAUCACAACUAUAGUGCUAUUGUGUGAUUUUUCUGCCUUUGUCUUGAUUUGCAUAGCUAGUGUUUAACGUGUAGGAAUGUCAACAUCUGUUACUUGUGUCUGUAUGCUCAAUUGAUGACACUAGGGUACUAUUGAUCUUCCUUGAGAGUAGAAGUACUUCUUGAGAACCACUUAUUACUUUGGCAAAUGAAAAGUAAAUUGGCUGCGGCUAGUGCAGAA